AUGCAGACUCCCAAUGCAGCGUACGCACACGCAGUACACCUACGCGCCACUUUGAGAGCAGCACAAACAAGUCUGUCCAUCUUUCGCCGCCGGCGCACUGAGGUUCUUUCCGUUCGAUGUCGAUGGAAUCGAGACUGCAUUUCAAGGCUCUUCAAUGCAAGGGCGCUUCACUCACCGGCAGAGGAAGAUGUGCUUGUCCGCCUGCUGAUACAGGAUGCCUUUAAGCCCGCCUCUACAGCAUCGCUCUCCAAGGGCUACAGUCAUGCCGCGAGCGAUAACGAACACUCGCACUGCAAGGCUGCCGACACGGAGAGCAAAAGCUGUCGCUUCUCACAAUGCGAGACUCACGCCACCGAAGACCGAAGCGCUGGCGCCACACUCGUGGCGGACGUAGAGCGGCUGGGCGGGGGUAGGCUGCCCACGGCCGACAUGGCACCUUGUCCAGGGGUGCCCGCCCACGCGCAAGAGGGUCUCAAGUGGAGCGGCAUUUCUGGGUUACCUCCCCCUGUUGACGAAUCAGUCGCCUCCGUCACCGAUUCACGGACGCAUAACGCAGCAGCGGAGCCGUUUGCCACCAUCCGUCGAGGGGAGUGUGGCGAGAACGUGCCGCGUGCGUUGGAGUGGUUGUGCGCUGCUUGUCGCACAUACAACUCGCUGACCUCUUCUUCUGCGACGUGCCACAUGUGUAAGGCGUCAGCGACCAUCUCGUACCGGUCUGCGUUCCCGCCGUUGCGCCACGUCGCCAUAAUGCCCACUACGUGGCUGUGCCAGCACUGCUCUCACACCAAUGAUCAGGCCAGUGCCUCUGCACAGCCAAAGACGGACCGCGCCAUUGUGGCCUGGCGGCAACGGGCAAAGUUCAUGUGUGACCAGUGUGGUGCGCCUUUUGGCGGUGUCCAGAAUUGGGUAUGCCCGACCUGCGACCAUUUCUGCCCCAGAGCGGCGACACAGUGCCCCUCAUGUUUUGCGGGGCGCCCGCUAUCGUGGACCUGCCAUUGCUGCGAAUGCGGCGUCCAAAACAGCAUAUUUUCCUUGAAGUGCCGUGGGUGUGGUCACGAGCAACAGCAACAGUUCUCCAACUCUGUUGUUCGAUGCCCAACGUGUCGCGACUGGAACGACGUCCGGUGGGAACUUUGCGCCACCUGUUGCGCACCUCUGGACGCUCUUGCGCUCGCGAGGGGGAAGAGCCCCGGAUCUACGGAGGCAACUCUGACUACGCCCCCACGUUCAGAGAGCGCCCACGUUGACACCGCCAGCAUGGAACUCGCUCCUGACUCUGCGGGGAUGCUUCACUCAAAAACCGUCGUCAAGGCGGCCGGGCUUCUUCAAGACGUGCGGCCUCCAGGGACCGCAACCGCAGCGGGGGGUUCGCUUCAUGAUGCUGACGACCCGACCCUGCUUUCGCCCUCGCCAUCCUCCUCACCGAAGCACGAGAAUGAGGAGCAGCCUCGGGUGGCGACGAAACUGCCUGACAACGCGUGGUGGUGCUACACCUGCAACGUGAUGCAUCGCCGCAACGUCACCUUCUGCGAUAUUUGCCUCCAGCCACGCGAUGCUAUGCGAGUCAGGAGCAAGACGGAGCUCACCGCGCUGCGAGCCUCUUCCAUCUUUCCGACCGCAGAGGUGGCAUCCACCACCUGUUCCAGCGAUCCUGCGGCGCUCAAGGAUGGAGCUGACGUGACCGUUAUGCCAGUGACUUCGGAAGGAGACUGGCAAUGCCCAUAUUGCCGGAAGCUGCUCCGCGUGUCGCAACAAGAGUGCUGUGGGCACAGACGGGAGGUGCCCUACGGGUACUGGCUGUGCGAUCACUGCUGCAGCACCAACCGCCACGAUCGUAGUGUGUGUCUAGGCUGCGGUGAGCAACAGAAGCACGUUUGCCCGUGGACAUGCCAGGAGUGCGAGUGGCGUAACGAUGCUACCAACGUGGUGUGCUUGCAGUGCGGUAUGCCGCGCGCGGCGUGCACCAUGGCGGACAGAGGUACCCCAGUCUCGAGCAGCAGCGAUUCUAGCACGACCAUUGCAUGCGCUGUCUGCGGUGCCCCGAACCACUUUGAAAAAUCCGCCUGCUACCGCUGCCGUGCUCGCUUGCGUGACGUGGAGUGGACGUGCGACGCAUGCGGUCACGGCCAUCGUACCCGAAACGCAUCGCGCUGCGAAGAGUGCGGCGCGAUGCGACAAUUUGACCUACGCGAAGAAGUGUGGCUGUGCGAGGUGUGCUCAACCCCGGUCUUUUCGGGUGGCGAAAUUCCUGUCCGCACGCACUGUCCCAAGUGCAAUGCACAGCGGGCACUAACAGCGACACACUAUCCUUCUCGGUGGAAGUGUACGUGUGGCCUCUUCAACCGCUCGCGUGUUACCGAAUGCCCCGAGUGUGGCGCACGGCGGCGCCUCGAGUCGCUUGACACAACCGCGACUUGUCCCCGGUGUUUUCGUGACACGCCGAUAGACGUCCGGGAGACGUGCAUGUAUUGCAGUGCAUCCUUGAUUGACUGCUUCUCGAGGUGGGAGAGCAACAUCACCCCCUUGGCGAAACCUGUCGAGGCGGCAGAGGCGGAUGCGAUGCCUGACUACGGCGAUGAUGACACUAUCACAGCUUAG